GUGUGAAUGAUUAGUUGUAAGACGCUUUGGAUAAAAGCGUCAGUAAAUCCCCUAAAUGUAAAUUGUAUCGGUUCUCGCUGCAGGCCGUGUCGGUUGCCCGGUCGUUGGUUGCCCGGGUAGGGUAUGUGGGAUCCCGGUGUGACACGUUUCCCUGAGAACGGCCCACUGUUGACAUGCUUCGAGGAAUCGAGGAACGAGAGCGAGGAGGGAAAAGCGCGGUUGUCUAGACAACCAGCCAUGACAGUGAACCCAGCCGUCGGGAACUUUAGUCCCAACGACCUCUCCUGUUCUGAACUGAAGCCCUGAUCGCUUCGGUCUGCCACAAAGAUCCCUUCUGAAAUGCUGUCCCAGUGCGGUGGCGGUGAACCCCUCGACCAGGGCAGACCCUGGUUGACGAAGUGGACCAGUCCGAUGUGGGGCGACAUGAGGCAGGGCCACGGGGUGCAGGAGUGGCCCGACGGAUCCAGGUAUGAAGGGGAGUACCUGAACGGUCUGAGACACGGCCCGGGCCGGUUCACCUGGAGGAACGGAGAGUGUUAUGAGGGUGCGUUUUAUAGAGACUACCGCCAUGGUGAAGGGGUUUACAGCUGGCCCUCAGGCCACAAGUUUACUGGCAAGUUCUACCUCAACAAGAAGGAUGGAUUUGGAAGGAAGGAGUUCCCUGAUGGAUCCAGCUUUCAGGGCCUGUACCAUGCUCACCAGAAGUUUGGCCCAGGUGUGUUAACUCACCCUGACGGCCGUCAGGAUGUGGGUCUGUGGCGUGGGGAGCACCUGGUCAGGCUCUGUACCUCCCUGGAAGGGGGCUUCAGCCUAAGCAGCUUUCCAGAGUAUGCUGCCUACAUGGGCCCUCCUCCUGCUGCUGCUAUAGACCCCCUGGCCAUGCCUUUUCUUUUGUCUACUGCUACAAAGCCAGUCUCCAAGGACCCCUCGGACACCCCCCUCGCUGACCGGCUGUCCGAGGAGAGCCUGGCCCGCCCCCCCGGCCUGGAGUACUACUCCGCUGACGGGGACCACCUGCCGCUGCCCCCCAGCUUCCGGAGGGAGCUUGACCGCAGCUUCUUCGGCGCGCUGUGGGAGCCGGACACGGAGCCAGCGCCCGCCCCCAGCCUGCCCUGGCAGCUCCGCAUGCAGGCCCACGUCCGCAGACACAGGCUAGAGACAGUGCGGGUGUGUUGGGACGUGAGGUCCGUCCUGUCUCUCUCCCGGAGCCCGUUUGGCCCUAAGGGCCCGUUGGAGCUCAGCUCAGAGCUGCUGAUCCAGAAGGCCGGCGAGGGCGACCGCCACGAGGUCAACCGGAUCCUUCGAACCCGACGGGUCAGCCCCGACGUCAGCGAUGCCCGCGGCCAUACUGCCCUCACGGCUGCUACGGUUAACUGCCACGAUGCGGUCAUCCACCUGCUGCUCGAUACGGGCGCUGACGUCGAUCACCUGAACUGCGAGGGCAUGAACGCACUCGCCGUGUGCCACGUCCUCUACUACCCCUUUCAGUCCCUUCACACCACCCUGGCCGAGAAGGCAAUACCCCCGACCCUGUCGACCGCAGAACCGGAGGCAUCGCUUCCACCGCCACCAGUCGACAGCCCCCCUCGCCCCCCCAGCCCCCCCAGGGCUGACCCGGAGAUCAACGAGCAGCACGGAGACUCAGACAGCAGCACCCCUGAGGACAGCCAGCAGGGGAGCCUCCCGGAGUCAGAGGGGGGAGAGGAGGUCCCGGGCCAGCUCCGCUCUCUCCAAGUGCUGGACGGCCACAUCCCGUUGGGCAGUGUCGUCUGGCGAGGGGGUGGAGCCAGGGCUACCAGAGGAGUGGCGUUGGCAGCAGGUGUUAAGCGGUUCUUGGACGAAGCGGACCGUCCGGUCUUUAACUCGGCGCAGUCCCUGGAGAGCUUCUUCAUCCCGGUGACCGAGGAAGGGAUGCAGCACACGGCCGAAGCGCUGAGCCGCAUCGGAGUCCCCCCUCGAACCCACAGCCACGAGACCCUCCGCAGGAUGGCCGCCAUGAAGACGGAGCACCGCGCUCGCUGGAGCACCCUGAGCCUGCUGCUGCAGAGGGGGUCCGACCCCAACGCCUCCAGGCUGCCCAUGCCCGUUCUGUUCCUCGCCAUCAAGGCGGCGCACGUAGAGGCGGUCCGGGCUCUGCUGCAGCGUGGAGCGCAGACCGACAGGCCCCUCCCCGCUGAGUGGAAGGGCCUAUAUCCCCUUCACGUCGCUGCAGGCUUGUCGGGCCCUGAGGGCCCCAGCAUAACAGAGCUGCUCCUGCACGCCAUGGCUGACGCUGAUGCCCAGGCACUAGACCAGGAGGACGUCUAUCAUCUGGAUAAGACCAGGACCGAGACACAAACGGCUCUCGGGAACAAGACCCUGGCCCCCCCAUCCUGGGGCCCCGACCCCGAGGACGGCUUCCCCGGGGCCCCCCCAGAAGGGGGUCGGACCGCCCUGCACCUGGCCUGCCAGAGGGACACCGACCACAGCAAUGCCAGCGAGGUGGUGUCGCUGCUGCUCUCCCGGAGGGCCAGAACUCACCUCCUGUGGAGUGGCCACUCCCCGCUCUCCCUGGCCAUCGCUAGCGGCAACGACAUGGCAGUGGAGUUGUUGUUGAAGGGGGGGGCAGACCCUAAUCUUCCCCUGGGCCGAGGCGUGGGCAGUGCGCUGUGUGCCCUCACCAACAUCGACUACGACUCCACUGGACACCCCCACGACAGGGCUAAGAUGUUGGAUAUGUUAGACAAGGCGGGGGCAGACAUCAGGAUGCCCGUGUUGGUCGGGGAAGGCCAGAAGAGAGCCUUCGGGACAGCUGUCGACUACGCUCACUAUACCUUCAACCAGGACCAGCGUAUCGCCCACACCUCCUACCACGCCCUGAGCCAGCGGGAGAGGGCCGUCCACGAGGCCCGCGGCCAGCUGCUGAGGCUGAUGGCCGCCCUGCUGAGGCAGAGCGCCGGGCGCGGGGGGGCCGGGGAGCGCACCCCGCCUCCUUGCAGUGCCAACAACAAAGAGAAGUUUGUGUAUAAAGGGGGAGGAGCCAAUACGCCACAGGGGCGUGGCCCCAGGGCGACCGUUGCCAAGGAGACAGGCAGACCUGAGUCUCCGGUGUCCGACCGUGAAACAGAAAAUGGUGGACCCGCUGACCGAGCCGAGAGCAAGGCAUCGUGGCAGAGCAGAACGAGGGCCGACGCCAGAGAGCGGAGGACCAGGACGCCUCUGGGCUCGUGCUACCAGUGCGGCCGCUCGGCGUUCGUGACCCUGACGCCGUGCAGCCGCUGCCACCAGGUGCUGUACUGCUCCGGGAGCUGCAAGCUGAAGGCCUGGGAUCAGCGGCACCGGGGGGAGUGCAUCCGACUGCCAGUAAGCCCAAGUUCCCCCCCUCAGAGGGAGAGGGUCAAAGCCAGUAGAACGCCCGGACCCCUGAAGGUGUCGGAGAAGGUCGCAGACAGACCCUUGAAGAGGCCAGAGAAGGUUCCAGAAGUUCACAUCGACCCUUCGGAAAACUACAGCUUCAUCUGAUCACAUAGAAAAUAAUAACUUAAUGAUGAUUAUAGGUAAGAAUUAUUAAUAAUAUUUAUAAUUCAUAAUAAUAAUAAGUUAUGAAUACUAGUAACUUUAGAUCAGUACAGCAGCAAAUGACUCGCUUUAUGAUACUAUAACAACAUAAGCCUAUAGUGAUUCAGAAGCUUGGGAAAUUAAAUGAUUUAAAGGAAGACACGCCACAAAUCAGGGUUAAUCCUUGACGUCUGACCUUUAGUGGAAUGUGCAGGACUAUAAUACUUUCCAGUAAACCAUUGCCUGUGUUAGUCCUGGGUGCCAUAACAAAUAAAUUAAAUCAUAUAAUACAAUGUAGAAACGUGAAGUUCUUCUUUAAAAUCUACACUGAUGGAGUGCCACAGUACGACAGAAAUGCUAGGGGUUACACAAGCAAGGCAUACACUGUUCAGUAUGAGAUAGGGUACGAUAUAAUUAUAAUGGUAACAAUGACAUUAACCAUCAUUAUCAUUCUUUAAUUUAAUAAAUACAAUUAGAAUGAAGAAUGAAUAAUGAAUCACGCAUUUGAGAAGUCUACUCUGCUUUAAACGAUGUAAGUCGCUUUGGAUAAAAGCGUCUGCUAAAUGCCCUAAUAGUGUAUUGCAAUGUGUGUCAGACUGAAAUUCCUAAACAAUUUGUCGGUUUUAGCUAUGUUGUAAAAUUUACGAGACAUUUUACCGUAUAAUCAUUGUUACCAUAUAAUUAUAAUAAUAUGAAUGAACGAAUAAUAACGAAUCAACCAGUUGAGAACUCAACUCUGUGUAUAUGGCGAUGUGUGUCCGAACCAACAACACACAUUUAUGGUAUUUUGUUUUAUUGUAUACUAUCUUGAAAUUGUAUUGAUUUGUUUAACUCAAGAACACUUUUACACACAUUGUUCAUUCAUGGAGCUCUCCACACCCUCGCAUUAACAAUGACCUAGACUUGGUGACAGUUGCCACAAACAAACAAAACGAGCAAACAAUGUUUCCUAGGCAAUAUAAACUAUAAAGCUAGUCUUAAAUCCGGUUAUGGUAGACUCUCUCUUUGGACUCUUUUGAAUGGACUUUUCUUGGGACUACUCAAGCAAUAGUUUGGAGAAUAAACAUGGAGUAAGAGGGACUGUUCCAAAUUGUCUUCUUGACAACUUGACACCUUGAAAAAAAGUGUGGAGAAGGAUGGCCCUUCUCUGUGAGGACUGCAGCAUGGUGUUCAGCUCUGGGAGCCUGCUGCAGAGACAUCAGGCCCAGCUCUGUGUGGGGAAGGCUGCAGGAGACCCCAUAGCAGCACGCAAGGAGCCUGAAACUCAGGCCGCAGACCGUGGAAUAGGUGCUGAGCCUCGGAGAACAACGACCCCAG